AUGAACAGAACCCAACAUGGGAUAUUCGGAAAUGGGCCAUAAGCGUAGGUGGGUGGAAACUAUAUAAUAAGACUGAUGCCCUGUUAAAAGUUGUCAGCACACAAGAACAGUGUUCCACACAUCAUGUUGACCAGCAAUGGUGUUUCGAGACUCGGAAUACAUGUCAGUGGCUGCAGCCGGCAAAUGCCAUCUGUUAAGCUGCAUAUUGGGAGAGCAGUUACAUCGGAUGGGAAGCCGCCGGCAAACAGGCUUCGAACGGGAAACAAUGUGGCUCGUAUUCAUACAAAACAGGGGGAACCAAGGUCACACCAUGCUGCCUUUGCCCGGAUGUUCAGCCCACCGGACGAAUUCAGGAGCAGAAGCGGGCCUGACGGAGAAAGUGAGGGCGGUCGGAGAGGAUUCUCGUUCGUUCAUGACGCGAGCUACGCUCACGUCACCCGCGACCAGGACGCAUCCCAAAAUCCGGCCAGCACCGAGGAUGUCCUCUUCGACAUGUUCAGAAACGAAGAAACGGAUAUAUUACCAAUCGGCAUGUUCCUGGCAGCUCUACGCAGUACGGGACUCAGGAAGACGGACCCUCGUUUGGCUGAGAUGAUGGACAACCUGCGUGAAGUACACAAGAAAAGCGGCCACGAGGGAGGAUCCCCCGAGACACAGAAACUCGAUAGGGAGACGUUUAAAAGAGUGGUCUCAGCCAACGUGGUCCUCAUAUCGCGAGCGUUCCGGCACCAGUUUGUAAUUCCAGACUUCCAGGGCUUCACAAAGCACAUCGAGGAAUUCUACUGGAAGUGUAAAUCCAACACAGAGGGCAAGGUGGCUGCAUACAUCCCUCAACUCGCACGCAUGAACCCUGACUAUUGGGGCAUCAGCGUCUGCACCAUUGAUGGACAGAGGUUCUCUAUUGGCGACGUCAACAUCCCCUUCACUCUGCAGUCCUGCAGCAAGCCACUGACAUAUGGCAUCGCUCUGGAUCAGCUGGGUAGCGACACGGUGCACCAGUACGUGGGGCAGGAACCCAGUGGCCGCAACUUCAAUGAGCUGGUGCUCGACUACAACAAGAAGCCGCACAACCCGAUGAUCAACGCGGGUGCCAUCUUGGUGUGCACUCUGCUCAAAACACUUGUCAGCCCUGAAAUGACUCUUGGGGAGAAGUUUGAUUUCACCACUAACUAUUUUAAGAGACUAGCUGGGGGUGAACAACUUGGGUUCAACAACUCCGUUUUUCUGUCCGAGCGAGAAUCGGCCGAUAGAAACUAUGCGCUGGGCUUCUUCAUGCGGGAAUACAAGUGCUACCCUGACAAGACUAACCUGAGGGAAUGCAUGGACUUCUACUUUCAGUGCUGCAGCAUGGAGGCCACCUGCGACACUAUGGCUGUGAUCUCGGCCACUUUGGCAAAUGGUGGUAUCUGUCCCAUCACAGAAGAGAAGGUACUGAAGCCAGAGUCUAUCCGUGAUGUCCUGUCCCUGAUGCACAGCUGUGGCAUGUAUGACUACUCUGGCCAGUUUGCCUUCAAGGUGGGGUUGCCUGCCAAGUCUGGAGUAUGCGGAGGGAUCCUGCUCGUCAUCCCCAACGUGAUGGGCAUCUUCGCGUGGUCUCCACCCCUUGACCCACUGGGCAACAGCUGCAGGGGCUUGCAGUUUUGUGAGGAGCUGGUUCAUGUGUUCAACUUCCACCGUUAUGACAACCUCAAGCAUGCGUCCGACAAGAAGGAUCCAAGACGCCAGAAGUAUGAGACAAAGGGCCUCAGCAUCGUGAACCUGCUCUUCUCUGCAGCUAAUGGUGAUGUCACAGCCAUGAGGAGGCAUAAGCUGUCAGGAAUGGACAUGACUCUUUGUGAUUAUGACGGCCGCACUGCACUCCAUCUGGCAGCUGCCGAAGGACACCUCAAUUGUGUGACCUUCCUCCUGGAACACUGCAAUGUGCCACACAACACCAAGGACAGGUGGGGAAACAUGCCUAUAACAGAAGCAACAACAUUCGGGCACCAAAAAGUUGUCGACUACCUGCGGCUGUGGGAAGCGACGCAUACUGAGCAUUCAGAACAGGCAGAAGAAAUUCCUAUAAGAAAACAAGCAUCAGAAGAAAGCGUCCCUCUUCCAUAAUAAGAGAUCUCUGCCUGACAGUGGGGCAAAUCCCCAGAAAUCUCCAGCUUUUGUUCCUAAAGUUGAAGGUGUUUUCUGACAUAUGACAUUUCAAAACAAACAUGGAAAUAGUGCAGGUUUUCUGAACCUGUUCGUCGCAAUCUCAUGAUAUACGCGUGGUCGUCACGUUCAUAUCUGCCAUUUACAGAACUAACCCAUCACCCAGAACAAAAUUAAAGUUGGCUAAACCGCAUAGCAUCUUUGUUUCCUUUUAAUCUGUUAUCUGAGCUACCUCAGAACAUGUUUUGAAUUAUCUACAAUUUGUGUGAAUAAACAAACUUUGUGUUUCAUGGAACAAAAUUAAAUUCACCAAGCUUUCAGAAUACAUUAAUAUAUGUACCAACAUAAAUACCACAUUUAAUUCAAAUCUGCAAACUGGGUUUGGAAAUUAAUGAAGACACUAAACAGAUAUAAUUUUCUGCUUCAUAAACACAGCACAAAAAAAUACAUUAUAAUAUGGCAAUAUCUGUUACUGAACUGUUAAUGCCUUCCUCUCCAAAGCAGAAUCAAAUGUUUUCCCAUACUAAAAGUAAGUAAACAGCCUGCAUUUGUUACAUUCUAUCGCUAGUACUACCCAUGCACAGGGCGGGCAAACGCAAUAUUCUUCAUUAAAUCACGGAACUAAAAGUGACAGUGGAACCACGGUUCUG